AUGCUUCAAGCAGUACGUUUGCUGACUGAAUUAGCACGACCAGUUGAUUACCGUCGUGAUAAUAGUGAUAUGGAUUCACGGCAACAAUCUCACCAAAAUCAGCACCAGCAGAAUCAUCACCAGCAGCAGCAGCUGACAGCGCCUGAAAAUUCUAUUUUAUUCCGUGAAAUUUACAAGAAUGGUUGGCUGAGAAAAACAAUUAAAACUGAUAACAAAGAAACUAAUCGUUAUUGGGUCGCAUUUUGUGUUCAUGAUGAUGUCGAACCAAGACUUGAAGGAUUUAUUGAUCAGAAACAGUCUACGACUCACUCGCCUGUCUGGGCAAGUUCGCUCAGGAAUAUCCAACACUUGUCGCCUACUUUGUGUGCUACUUCCAGGCACGACUAUGAGUUUUGCAUUAACUUUGCUGAUGAUCGCGUUCUCAGACUCGCUGCACCAACUUACUCGGCCAUGCUUGAGUGGGUUCAGAUUAUCACCAGGAAACUUACGGAUAUGAAGGUUUUGAAGCCCAAGGAAAAUGUUUACUCAAGAGGGCCCGAGAGAAUUGCUACCAGGGAUCCUACUAGUCCGCUACCGCCACCACCUUUGCCUUCUGGAUCAUGGAUAUCUCCAUCCCCAAAUGAUCCACCUUCAGUUCCAAGUAUCUCAAGCACCAGCACUCCGUCAUCCUCCUCAUCAGUGUUGUCUGUCGAGCAGAAUUCAACUAUCUUUACCUUUGAAGACAUAAGUCUUGAUGACCGUCGAUCAAGACCAAGUCAAUCACGCCUGCGAUCUCUGACCUCAAGUCCUCACAUAAUUCCAACACCCGCACCGGCACCAACACCCGCAUCAAGUAUCGAUGAUGACACCAGCUAUGAGAACAUAUUCAUGGCUUCUUCGUACCCAUUACCAACUAGCAUAACAGAAGAAUCCCGCUCGAGUGACGUACCAGUGCCAACAAUCCAAAGUACCAUCAAUCAAGAGCCAUCAACUGAUCAGUACGCAGCAUUGAUCGAGUGUCGCAGUUCAGGAACACCAGAACCCCAUGUUCCAAGUGUCUCAAAUGACCCCAGUGCCUCAACAUCAGCUAUGUCUUCAUUAUCUGUUUCAUCGUCAUCUAGCUCAUCGAAUGGACGAACUGGACAAAGAUCAAUCUCUGGAUCUUCUACAGCACCUGGUCCAAGUUUGCUUGCUUCUCCAGCACCCGGACCCAGUUCCCUAGCCUCCAAUUUACCUGGACCAAGUCUCCUACCGCCCGCAUCACCUGGACCCAAUCACUUAGUCUCAACAUCUGGACCAAGUCACAUUUCUUCUAAAUCCCCAGUUCCUAGUGCUCUACCGUCGAAUCCCACUAGACAAUUGACAUUACGUGAAAAACAAAUAGCGCAGCUAAAACGUGAGAUGACCCAUCGAGCUGGAGUUCGCUUACAACUUGGAAGACGUGAUUGUAAAGAUAGUAUUGCUUUUGUUGAUACAUUUGGAUCCAUUUGGGUCGCUGGGUGGAAGUGUCGUGAACACCCGCUGCUUUAUAAUGUCCUGCAUGUUGGUGAUAUGGUGAUAAGUGUUGCUGGAGUUAUACCAAACGGAGCUAGCGCUAUUCGGGAUAUUCUUAAGGGUAUUACUACACCGAGGGUUGAAGUGAUAGUCCGCCGUCUACCUUAUGCACGUGCAAUGAUACUAACUAAACGUACGGAUAAUGAAGACUUUGGAUUAGAGGUUAAUGGUAAUGAAUUAUCAGGCGUUAGUGGUGUUGCAUUGACUGCUGGACUAUCACCUCUCGCUGAUGCUACUGAUCCCACAGCACCGAGUGGAUCUAACACUACCUGGACUAUUACUGAGGUCAAUAAUCGCCCUUUGAAUAUGUUUGACAGCUGUGCUAGUGAUCGGCUGAAAGCUAUCGGGCGAGAUAUUUCUAUUGUUGUACAACCCACUGAUCUUAUUGCAUCAUUACGCAAUAAAUUACGUGCAAUGCGUAGCUAUAAGAAUUUUAUUUUACAGUGA